AUGAGUGUGGCUUCGCGCCGCUUCUAUCGAGCCUUCUACGAAUGGACACUACUCACUUCGCCCGCCGAAGUGGGUGCCGAACGAACUUGCAGCCAUGGCUUCCACUCGACCGCCGCGAAUCGCAAAGCGUUCCUUAGAAAAUCGAGGCGCCAUGCACAGCGAGAACAUGGCAGAGAAGUUCUACGCGCGCCCCACGAUGAGAGACAGUGGACACAACACUUCGACUCGCCACGAGAGCGAACAGCCAUUGGAAUACCGGAUGCAGAGGAAAAGCUUCAGUUCGCAUACGAGGCAGCAAUUGGAAGACCUCUCCCCAAAAUGCGCGAACUUCAAAAGUAUAUCGAGCGAUGGAAGAAUGCUCCGGUACACCAGGCCACAGACAAACCAUUCAAUACGCUGCAACCUUGGGAAGAAGUCGUGAGAUAUCGCUCGGAAAUGGGGAUAAUGCUCGAGGUGCCAGUGCUGGACCAGGACCUUGAGCGGCUCAAAGGAGAAUAUAGAUCUGGGUUGGAGACACUCGUCUUGUCGUUCGAUUCGAGGAUAGAAGUGCAGCAACUAUCAGCGCCUGUGAAAGUUCAAGGUCUGGAGGACGCGAAGAUUGUUUCUGUGCUCGUCUCAGGGACGUAUCUGGCAGUUGCUCGGACGUUUCAUGAGCUUCUGGCGUACAAAUCAGAUAUCGUGAUACAGACUAACAAAACAGCGUCGACGGAUCCUGACAUGGACAGCGCUAGCCCAACUAAGUCUAAGCGACAGAGAUUCGAAAGAGACUUCAGAGUCUCCUCGCAAGCAGAGACGCCAUCCAGCCACUUGGUGCCCCGUGGGUACGCGGUCAGACAGGCAGAGGGUUCUUAUUUGCAAAUUGAAUUGUGCCUUUCCGAGAAUGACUGGGCGAUGUUCCUUGCCCAAAAUAGCGUUGAGGGUUUUGCUGGAAAGCACAAAGUCAGCAUCACCGUUGGUGAGCCAGAGCAGAGGCCCACCAGGGCACUGUCGGAUGACACAGCCAUGGCACGGUCUCUUUUCAUCUCAGGUGACAUGAACGCGGUCAUGCACUCAAGGGGUAACAUUUUCAGCUACAUGGCGCACCAUGAGCGGAAAGAAACUCCCACUCCGUCACCAAGCAUACCGCAAGAGCUGGAAGAAACUCCCGCUCCAUCACAAGACAUACCCCAAACCAGCGGCCCCUUCCCUCCAGCACCGUUGAAGAUAAGGCAGGUUGAAUUGCCGCCGGAAACGAAGUAUGGCGCAAGAUCAUUAAAGCUGGAAAACCUCGCCUGGCAACCGACUUCUCAUGACAUUAUAGGUCUACCUGCAGACCAUUUUUACUUCUGCCGCUUCCACGUCGUUGGCCCACGAUCCGCAGAAUUUAACAAAAUCGUGAACUUGAGCACGUUAGUCGAGCCAGAUGCCAUUGAGCACGAUGUGUACGCACAUCUUGGACCCAGGAACGAGCUGAUCGUAACUGGGAAAAUGUCACGAAUUGAGCAGUGUCAGAAGAGUCUUCAGGACAGAAUCGACAAAGUCUGCAACGAUCACGGUCUCGGAUCUCACGAGCUCGAGAAGUCCGCGAGUACAGUCGCAGAGAUCAUAGGCAAACGUGCUCAAGAUCGGGCUUAUGAAGUCUUUGUGCAUGGGCCGAAUGCAGCCGAGCUCUGUCGUACACUUCUGCAAGAGUAUGUCGAUGGGUACAGGCGCUACGUGAGAACAAUUAUCCAUGUCAAGAAAGCAAAGAACUCGUUGACCUUUACUGGCACCCUGGAUGGCACCUCGCUGGCGCAAAGAAUUUUCCGCCAGAGACUCGAUUAUCUGUGCAAGUACUACAACUAUCCAGAGCAUGAAGUGGUGACGGCGCGCAGACCAGCGCAUCCCGAGGAACUCCAAGGGCUGGUUGAAAAGGUUCGCGGCACCUUGCGCACGUUGACACACCCUGUAGUGCUCGUAACGUCAGGCCGCCGCAACAUGAGCCCGGUGGAUGUACCAGACUCAAACGAGGGAUCAGAUGGGUAUUUACAAGGGGCUCGUGGAGCAACAGUGUCUUCAUUCAGCGCGGUAACCAUGAAGCCACAGCCAGUCGUAAGCUUCAACCUCAAACUCCCUUCGCGUACCUGGGAUGCGAUUCGCUUCACUAAGCAAUUCAUUGUACACUUCUUGGCGUCAAACCCGAGAGGAGCCGCGAUUGCUGAAACCUUCACGCGUCCCUAUGAGCGACCUCAUACUGGAUUUCUAAAAUUACGAGAGAUGGAUGUAUAUGUAGGAGAGGUGUCCCGAGGAAGGCGACCGGGAAAGCUCGCAGACAGGACAGGUGGCGGAAUCGAGGCCGCCUUUGAGGCUGAUCUACUAUUGAACAAGUGCAUUGAAGUUGAAGAUCACGUCAUUGUAGUCGGUAAGGUCUUUGGGUGGUCGCAUCUGGAAGGAAGCGAGAAUCGACUUGCUCUGAGCUACGCAAUGAGGGGCUUUCGCGGCGGAGGAGACAAGAUCGUGCCCGAUUACACGCGUGUUGACAAGAAAGAAAGCUAUGAUGCAAAUCGUGACCAUCUUCCACGAGCAGAGGUCGCAGCUGCGGGAAUUGAACUUGAUCCUCUCAAGCUGGGCGAGGACAUCGACUCUGGUGCAAUUGCUUCGCAGAGCCGUAAGCAUAAGCAGGAAACCCAGGUCGAUGAGGAUUUGGCUGAAGAUUCUGUCUAUACCGCGCUCGCUACAACAAGAGAACAGGUCAGACGCGAAGAAGCAGCUGAUGUAUACGAGGCAUUCAAUUCUGAAGACGGGGAGCAUGACGAGACUCCGCAUCCCCAACCUGACACCAAGGAUAGAGGAAGGUCAGAAUCGACAGUGACAUCGGCCUCGACUCCGAGCCCAACACCCGCUGGCCCAAACACUCAGAUUACAAGGCCCUUCUCGACUUUCACCCGCCGGCCUAUGGACAUCCUGGGCAUACCACUACAGACCCGCCGUUUCGCUUCCACCUUCACAUUUUCUGACACGAACGAUCUCUCCGCAAUCCUCGACCCCUCUACCGCCCAGUCAACAGUCUCCGACUACCUCUCCACCCGCGACGAAAAGUACAAACCCGACGGUAAAUUCGAUCUUUACGUGUACCAAAGCCGCGUCAUGCAUCUUCUCAAGAACCAGAAGGAUAUCACACGUCUUCGCGAGCUCCUCGACCGUGGCUACAAAGUUCUCGAUAACGGAAAAGAGAUCCCUUUGACCGAGUCCGAAAUCUCCUCGAUGAAUGAGAAGAUCAUAUCACUUGAACGCCACAUCGACAUCGUCCUUGCUAUUAAUGCCCACCGAAUGCUGAGAGAAAUGCUCGACAAAGCGCGAUACGGUGAGAUUUUCUGGAGACAAGUCCCGGAAUUCGAGAGGAUGGUGGAGAAGGGAAUGAAAGUUUUGAUGGAUGUUGCGAGGGAACUGCGCCAAGAAUUGGAAGAGGGGAAAGUCAGUGCUGAGGAUUUCAAGAAGAUCAGUGUCAAGUUGAAGGGAAGGUACGAGGGAUUGGAGAGGGAAAUUUUGAGGUUGAGGAGUGUUACCGAGGAAGAAGGAGAUGAGGUUUUCGAUGAUGAUGAUUAA